UCCCAGGCCCUUCAUCUCCAACUCAUUCAUCACACUCACACUAAUACUUGUGAGGUGUUACAUUCAGUACAAAAAUAUUUGUUAGCUAUGGCUUCUUAUUCUUCUCUUCAGGUCACUAUCUUCCUCUGCAUUUUCUUCUUGUCCGUAAAUGCCAAUGAGGUUACAGUCGGUGGAGAAACCGGUGACUGGAAGAUCCCUUCUUCCUCUUCUUUCUCUUUCAACGAAUGGGCUGACAAGUCUCGUUUCCUUCUCGGCGACUUUCUCGUAUUCAGCUACGAACCCGGUAAAGACUCAGUUCUGCAAGUGACGAGAGUGGCUUACGAGAAAUGCAACACCACGAGUCCCAAAGCCAGCUACACUGAUGGGAACACCAAGGUGAAGCUAGACCAACCCGGUCCGGUCUACUUUAUCAGUGGAACAGAGGGUCACUGUAAAAAGGGUCAGAAGCUUCGCCUUGUCGUCUUCGUUCCUCAUAGCUCUGCUUUCUCUCCAGCUCCUUCACCGUCCGACGGUCCCGCCGUUGCUCCUACUAGUGGUGCUGCUAAGCUCACCAGCUUCUUUGGUGUCGUUGGGCUUGUUCUUGGAUUCUGGGCCUUCUUCUGAGAGAAACUUUAAUCUGAAAUUAUAUUCUAUUUAUUAAUUUUUAGAAAAUGAAAGAGAGAGAGAGAGAUCUUUGCUCUCUCCCUAGUCUUGUUGUUACUAAUAUUAAUUUAAAAUUUUAUUCAUAUAA